AAAAGGAAAAGCAGGUUCAGAAGGAGCGGACGGACCCUAUCGUGCUCACCGCGGACAGUCACACAGAUUAAACACACACACACUCACGCAUACACUCACACACACACACUCACACACUGACAGAAGGACAUGGAGGGCUCCACGGAGGAAGACCACAAAGAGAAAUUAUUAUGGAACGUCAAACGAGAGGUGAAGCAGAUCAUGGAGGAAGCAGUGACGAAGAAGUUUGUCCACGAAGACAGCAGCCACAUCAUCGCUCUGUGCACUGCCAUCGAGGCCUGCAUGGGUCACCUGCUGAAGAGACGGGCAGCCGGCUUCCUCCGCAGCGAUAAGAUCGCCGCCCUCUUUACCAAAAUCGGAAAAGUCUACGAGACGGCCGGCGAGGUUUGUCGUAAGGUGCAGGAGCAGCUCCAGCAGCAGGCCGAGCUCACCAGGAGAACGCAGAGCGUGGGCCACGAGCCCCUGAGGAGACAGGGCUCGUCCACCACCAGCCGCCCCCCUCAGCCGCUCUCCGCACAGGCCAUCAAACACAUCUGGGUCCGCACGGCUCUGUUCGAAAAAGUGCUGGACAAGAUAGUUCAGUACAUCGUGGACAACUCCAGUAAAUACUACGAGAGGGAAGCUCUGAUGCAUGACUCAGUGUUCGGGCCAAUCCUGGCAGCCCUGCUGGUGGGGCCCUGUGCUCUGGAGUACACCAAACUCAAGACGUCGGAUCAUUUCUGGACCGACCCGUCAGCCAACGAGCUCGUUCAGCGCCACAGAAUCCACGGGGCUCACCGAGGCCAAGACGCUGCAGCCGGGCGCCGGCCCGCUCUAGGGAUCCGUAAGAGGCAGUCGAGCGGCAGCAUGUCAGACGAUCGGUUCGCAGCAUCGGCGAGGGAGUACGUCGAGUCGCUUCACCAGAACUCCAGAACUCACCUCCUCUACGGCAAAAACAACGUCCUGGUGCAACCGAAGAAGGAGAUGGAGGUGUUGCGGGGCUAUUUAUCACUCCACCAGGCCGGAGAAAACCUCACCCUGAAGUGGACGCCCAACCAGCUCAUCAACGGCACGCUGGGAGACUGUGACCUGGAGAAGAGUAUUUACUGGGACUACGCAAUAACUGUCCCUCUGCGCCAAAUAGUCUGCAUCCACUGUCACCAACGCCCCGAUUGUGGUGGGACCCUGGUUCUGGUCAGCCAGGAUGGGAUCCAGAGGCCGCCGCUCCACUUCCCCCCCGGUGGUCACCUCCUGGCCUUCCUGUCCUGUUUGGAAACAGGACUUUUACCGCGGGGUCAGCUGGAGCCUCCCCUCUGGUCCCAGAAAGGAAAGGGUAAAGUGUUCCCUAAGCUGAGGAAGAGGAGCAGCAGUGCCCGGCUCCUCGACCAGGACAGGAGCAGCGAGGAGGAGACGGCGGCGGAUUAUGUGUUUCGUAUUGUCUACCCUGGAUAUCGAUAUGAUGCCAACCACGGGGAGAUGAUGGAGAUGCAGGGUUUCGGAGGCAGCCCGUCGUCGUGGCAACAGGCCGAAGCAACCACUCACGAGCCGCUGUGUCAGUCCUGCACCACGGCCGCCAGCAACCUGUCGUUCGACCUCCAGUCAGGCUGCACCUGCAUACACGACCCUUCAGACAUCCACACUGUUCCUCUGAAGAUGCUCUGCCAGAACAUGAAGAGGCAGAUCGUGUCCAGAGCCUUUUAUGGAUGGCUGGCUUACUGCAGACAUCUGUCCACCGUGAGGACUCACCUGUCAGCUCUGGUCAAUCACAGCAUCGUCCCCCCUGACAGACCCUGCGAGGCGUCCGGAGGCCUCAGCAAGGAGGUGUGGAGCAAGUACCAGAAAGACUGCAAGAACUACAAAGAGCUGGAGCUGCUGCGGCUGGUGUACUACGGAGGGGUGCAGCACGAAAUCAGAAAGGAGGUCUGGCCCUUCCUGCUGGGACACUACAAGUUUGGGAUGGGCAAGAAAGACAUGAGCCAGAUUGACGCGAAGAUCAGCGAGCGCUACCAGCAGGUGAUGCGUGAAUGGAAGGCCUGCGAGGUCAUCGUCAAGCAGAGGGAGAAGGAGAUGCAGUCGGCCAUCUUUGCCAAGCUCUCCUCGGGCAGCAGCAUCGACAGCCACGUCCUGCGGCUCGUCCACAGAGACUCCACGCUCAGCAACGAGGUUUUUAUGUCGGUGGAUGAGCCAGACGCGGGGAGCCAGGAGACCCCCAGUGGAGAGGACAGUACCCCCACCAUGACCACCCUGGUUCCCCCUGCAGCCCUGCCCCAAGAGGAGCGCCCUCUGGUGGAGUUUGACUCCCCCGACUCGGGUCUCCCCUCCUCCAGAAACUACUCUGUGACCUCUGCUCAUUCUCAGAUCCUGUCCAGCAUAGACGACGGGCAGAGUACGGAGGAGGAAGGGGGGGGCGGGGAAGAGGGCAGGACUCCAGGUGUGCUGGGGGGGCGUCAGGAGUCUCUCACUGAGGACAAACUGUGCAGUCAGCUGGACAAACUGGUGACCAACGGAGCAGCUGCAGAGGGGAUCUUACCUUCUCUCUCCUCUUAUACGAUCGAGCUGUUGGACACUGUAGCCCUGAAUCUCCACAGGAUAGACAAAGACGUGCAGCGCUGCGACCGCAACUACUACUACUUCACCUCCGCCAACCUGGAGAAGCUACGAAACAUCAUGUGCAGCUACGUGUGGGAGCAUUUAGAGGUCGGCUACGUUCAGGGCAUGUGUGAUCUUCUCGCUCCGCUCAUGGUCAUCCUGGACGAUGAGUGCCUGGCAUACAGCUGUUUCACUCAGCUAAUGAAGAGGAUGAGUCAGAACUUCCCUAAUGGUGGAGCCAUGGACACACACUUUGCCAACAUGAGGUCACUAAUUCAGAUCCUGGACUCUGAGCUGUUCGAGCUGAUGCAGCAGAACGGAGAUUACACUCACUUCUACUUCUGUUACCGCUGGUUCCUGCUGGACUUCAAGAGAGAGCUCCUGUACGAGGACGUGUUCGCGGUGUGGGAGGUGAUCUGGGUGGCUCCGAGGAUUUCCUCCAAGCACUUUGUUCUCUUUCUGGCCUUGGCCCUGGUCACGGUCUACCGCGAGAUCAUCAUUGACAACAACAUGGACUUCACCGACAUUAUCAAGUUCUUUAACGAGAUGGCCGAGCGACAUGAUGUCCAACACAUCUUGAAGGUAGCCCGUGAGCUGGUGCACAGAGUCCAGUCUCUGAUGGACAACAAGUGACUGUAGAGGAGGAAGAGGAGGAGGAGGAGGAGGAAGAGGAGGAGGAGGAGGAGCGUGACGAUGCAGAGGGAGUGAGUAUCUACAGGACUCUCUUCUCUUCCUCUCAUCCCUCAGAGACUCAGAGUGUUUCCUGGCCUCCACCUAUCCGGAGCUGGUCCAGGGAGUCCGGGUCUCCUCCCUGCCCAGGCGGAGGCCCUGUGAGUGGGGCAGGAGUGCUGCUGAGGGGACCCGGCUCUGGAGCUGGUCCUCGAUCUGUUUACAUUUAACCUUCACAUGGAAUGCCCCAUGGUGUCCGUUCAGACAUGUGGAUUUGUCUGCAUGCUUGUGAGUUUGAUCACACUGUGACAGCAUUCUCGAGUCUCCCCAGUCGUACAAGAGCGCGUGUGCGUGCAUGAAAACACACACACACACACACACACACACACACACACACACACACACACACACACACACACACACACACACACACAUAUACACACACACACAGCAUACGCUCUAACAACACUGCAGUUUACUAAAGUGUCUCCCUUUUCCUGACUCUGAACCAGAACUUGUUUGAUGCCUGUCAGGAAGUGUUGUGUUCCUCCGCGCAGUACCAGCGGAGGCCACUAGAGGGCAGGAUUCACACACAGAGGAGCAGAAGACUAAGCCACGAAAAGUUUUCAUUAGUGACCAAAUGGACUGUGCCAACUACCUUUUCACGAGUGUUUUCUACAACAAGCAUGUGUGUUUUUAACCCCUUCUUCUCCCCCUUGUUUACUUUCUGUCCGAGUGUUCUUCAUCACACAAAUGUUGCCUUGAUCAGUGACAGCCCGAGGUACUGAGUUGCACUUUUUGGGAGGGCUUCCCUUCAUGGUGCUGGUGACAAACACCAGAGUGUGUGGGGUUUGGAGGCGCCAUGAGAGGCCGAAGCGAGGAAGGAUUGCAGCUGACUUUCCUGAGCAUGUGAGUCCGUUUUUGACCUUAGUUCCUACAUCAGAGAAAAAGAGAAACAGAGCACAAAAGCACACGAGAAGCACACAGGCCUUUCACUCAACCUCCAGAUCUAUUAGAGCAGCUUUGUUCUGAAGUAACAUCAAUUUAGUUCAGCGAUUAAAACAAGAUACCUGGCACCUCAGAGUCCCAACACAAGCUCUUAUUUUGAACACUCACAGGAGCAAACAUGCCCAGACUGUUGAAGUUAAUCCAGCUUAAUCUAGGUUUGAGUUUGAGACGGGGGAAGAUACUCAUCUUUCAGUAUCAUAAAUAGUAUUAUUAUUAGUUUGCUGGCUUUGCUCAGGCUCAUCAGGACCGCUCAGUCCACUCUGAGCUGCUGGACGUCUGCAAAAUCUGCAACGCCUGCAUUGUUUGCAACCUCCAGCAGAGUUUCUCCAGGAUCAGCUGAGCAAACACAGCUGCUUCAGGGAUUUAAGAUGAUUCUUCUUGAAUGCAUCAGGCUUGAUAAGAUACAACAUAUAUGAGAGAAAGCUUCUGAGGGAAUUUUGAGGCGACGUCUCAUUGAUUCUGAAAAAAGAGCAGAUUUUCUUUCCAACGUGAAGGCAAAAUGUUUCCUUAGAGAGAGGAAUUAAGGACGUAUUAUCACACACGUCAGGUUUUUUUUAUCAUAUCUUUUAGAAUAAGUAUCAUGAAUGUUUCAAGAGAGGAAAAACAUUUUUCACUUCAUGGAUUAAGUAUUAUAAAUCACAUUUCUACAGAAGAGUAUUAAGGUGAGGCUAAAGGAAAAGACAGGACAAGUUCUUUUGCAUUGAGUUUGCAUUUUAAAACUUUAUUCAAACUGUUCAAGAUAAAUACUAAAAACUAUUUUAAUAUGUGCCUUUCAGAAGAAAUAAAGAGGGUGUUUCUUUUUGUUUUUUGCAAUUAAAGAUCAAGUUUAAUUGUAAGGCUAAAACUACUUUUAAAAUAAGAAUAGGGUUUGCACAGAGCUGAAAAGAAGGACAGAGUAUUCAAAGGUUCAUUUUCCCAUGAGGGGACUGUUUUUAUCUUGUGCACACAACUUACUUUAUCUUGCAAAUAAUUUAUUAGACUGUAUGCACAAGGAGAGAACUUUCCUUUUGCACAACAAAAAACGUGCACACAUGGUAAUCCUGUGUGCACUAAGUAGUAGCUUGUAUGCACGUUAUUUAACGGUGCAUACAAGAUAAUAACGCGUGCACUAGGUUGCUUUUUUUGUAUGCACAAGAUAAUAAAGUGUGCACAAGUUAUUUUCUUGUGUGCAAAAGAUGAAAUGUAUCACCUCUGCAGGACUUCAGAGCAAAUCUGAUUUAUCUGUCAGUAUUUUUGCAGAUACAGCAGUUAUCUGUCCUCACAGCCGAAAGUCAAAGUGACAUUUUAACAUGAAAAGGUUUCGCUGGCAGCCUUUGAAAGAUGCACAUAAUGUUUUAAAGAAACGUAGAGGCUUCAGAUCCAUCUGAUGUGUGAUGCUCACUAGUCUGAAAGCACUCUGCUGCUCUGUCGGGAAAAGUGGCUGCAAUCCUGCCCGAAGUCCAGCCUCUGGGAGUAGUAGUACCUGGACCAGGUUUGUCUGAAACCGUUCUUUGUGGUCCUUUUUAAAAAGGAGAAGCUGCUUUUGAUGCCAGACUCUUUAGUAUUCAGCGAGUCAGUGUUCAGUCUGUUUGGGCUUCACAGUUACAGCACAGAGUUCAUUCACGUUUGUAUCUGGAGGAACGUUUUUUAUACUGUUUCCGACCCUGCUCAUCAUCAUCAUCAUCAUCAUCAUCAGUGUGACCCUUUAUCUCCUCGCCUCCUUAAAAAACGUCCGACACGGCUGCAUCUGAUUGGUCAUCCAGCACGGACCUGCACCUGUGAUCCAAGUGCCAAGAGUCUUCCCCAAUCCUGAAGCGUACUGUAGUGAUCCGGCUCUCCUCGCCUGAUAGUUUGAUCCCAGGAACGGGCGUUUGUGUGGAUGUAUCUCUCACCACGGCCUCUUUUCCUCGUCCUGCUGCCGUCACGUCGGGGGAAACCAAGACCGUUAGCAGAGCUUCUUCUUCCAAUCAGGACAUUGUGUACCAAAGCCUUGAAACAGCCCCCUCUGUGGCAUGACGACUAUGUGCAAUUUCAUACUGCAUCUUGAAGACAGACUGUUUACUAUGUGUGUACGAUAUUUUUGAAACGUGUGAUUCUUUAUCUACCGUGCAAUUCCUGUCGUUAAAGUCUAUAUUGCUGUAAAUAGGAAAGGGAAAGCCCAAUAUUUCUAUGAAGACAGUGGGAACAUAAAUAUAAUAAAUAUAACUUAUUUUGAGAUCUAUUUUUUAUGUUGGUUUUAGCAGCACUAGUCGGAGAUGCAGAAUGUGUGCAGGCGUUGUUACACGGUGACUGUUAAGUGUUCUUUCUCAAUGUUGUGCACUGACUUCAAAUUUCUAUUUAUUUAAAGAGCAGAUUGAUUGAUUGCAUUGCUGAAUAUGUAUUGGUAAGGAUGUAUCAUUUGCCUUGAAUGUAAUGUAUUAUUAAAUAACAGUUUGUUCA